AUGGAUGUUAUCAGUGUUGAGGAAUGGAGCAAAGGCGCAAAGGAGAUGUGCGAGGUGCAGCACUCGAAAAUGGAGAGGGGGGAGCAGAGCGAGUACCCAUCAAGUCUGGCACUCAUGGACAGCAGUGACCCACGCGCCUGGCUGGCUCCCAUGCAGUCUGGCACCUGCGCGGCACACGCCGACUACCUGCUGCACUCGCCCAGCUCCAGCUUGGAAGGCGGGUUCCCCACAUCCGGCCACAGCCCAAACUUUAGAAAGAGUUCCAAUAGUCCGCUCAAAGUGCGGGACUUGUGUCGGCUAAAGGGAUCGGUGAGCGCCGAAGAGGGCAGACAGAGAGCUCCAUCCAAUCCCGGUAACGUUGUGCAGAAGGUGAGGCGCCAGGCAGCCAAUGCGCGGGAGAGGAGACGGAUGCAUGGCUUGAACCAUGCCUUUGACGAGCUGCGCAGUGUCAUCCCUGCUUUCGACAAUGACAAAAAGCUUUCCAAAUACGAUACCCUGCAGAUGGCCCAGAUCUACAUCAACGCGCUGGCGGACCUGCUACAGGGUCCCGGUGUGGACUCGCCAAAGUGUGACCUGUUGUCCGCCACGGAGAGUCCCCGGGGAUCCUCAGCCUCCACCUGCCAAAGGGGCGCAGGCACUGGGCUACCGGUCCAGGUUAACGGGAUCCCAUUCCCCGUCGAAGACGGCUCGUUCUCUACUUUGAUGGAGCAAGAAAUGCGGUCUUCCUCGGGGACACCCAGUUCCAGCUCCGAGAGCAGAAAGGACUCCCCCCAGUCGAACCGCAGUGACGGAGAGUUCUCCCCGCAUUCCCAUUUCAGUGACUCGGAUGAGAUGCAGAUGGAGCUCCUGAGUGAAGAUGAGCUCUCUGAACUCAAGCUUUCCAGCCUUCACAAAUUUUGA